AUGGAUGAGCUCUUCGACGUCUUUGAGGAUACGCCUCAGGCGCCCAAGCCCUCCGACGGGGCGCCCAAGCGUCCCAAGAAGGACAAGACCAAAAAGCGGCAAGCCAAUGGCGAUGUCAAGAUCAAUGAUGCACUGCCCGUGAGAGAGGAGGCUGCUCCGGCCGAGGAGCCUGACGUUGAAAUGGAAGAAACCCAAGAACCCGCCGGCGAGAACCACCAGCCCGACACGAAGCGCCCUCGUCUCGAUCAAAUCCCCGACGCCGUGGUUGCCGAUACCUUCGAAACUGAACAAGAGCGCGAAAUCGCGACUGCUGCCGGUCUGGGAGGAUCUCAAGAUUCCACUCACAUGGUUGUAUCCCACCAAGUCCGUCACCAAGUCGCAAUCCCCCCGAACUACCCAUACAUCCCCAUCUCUCAACAUCAGCCACCAGCGGACCCGGCCAAGGUCUAUUCUUUCACACUCGAUCCCUUCCAGCAAGUUGCAGUAUAUUCAAUCCAGCGCGAAGAGAGUGUCUUGGUGUCAGCGCAUACUAGUGCCGGAAAAACAGUGGUAGCCGAAUAUGCGAUUGCGCAAAGUUUGAAGAACAACCAGCGUGUGAUCUAUACCAGUCCAAUCAAAGCGCUGAGCAAUCAGAAAUACCGAGAAUUUGCGGCAGAGUUCGGUGAUGUUGGAUUGAUGACUGGUGAUGUGACCAUCAACCCUACUGCUACCUGUUUGGUCAUGACCACUGAGAUUCUGCGGUCCAUGUUGUAUCGCGGUUCGGAGAUUAUGCGUGAAGUUGCCUGGGUUAUCUUCGAUGAAAUUCACUACAUGCGCGACCAGAACCGUGGUGUUGUCUGGGAAGAGACUAUCAUUCUUCUCCCCGACAAGGUUCGAUACGUCUUCCUGUCUGCCACCAUUCCGAACGCCAUGCAGUUCGCUGAAUGGGUCACCAAGAUGCAUAACCAGCCCGUUCACGUCGUGUACACUGACUACCGUCCGACCCCUCUCCAACAUUACUUCUUCCCCACCGGUGCCGAGGGUAUCCAUCUUGUCGUGGAUGAGAAAGGAGUGUUCCGUGAAGAGAACUUCCAGAAAGCAAUGGGUUCUAUUGCGGACAAAAAGGGCGAGGAUGUAGCCAACCCCAAUGCGAAGCAGAAGGGCAGAGGCAAGGAUAAGAAGAUAGCCAAGGGUGGCAACCAGGGUCCGUCCGACAUCUUCAAGAUUGUGCGGAUGAUCAUGCUCAAGAAGUACAACCCGGUCAUCGUCUUCAGCUUCAGCAAACGAGAGUGUGAGCACGGUGCCCUGCAGUUGUCGAAGCUUGCAUUCAACGACGAUUCCGAGAAGGAGAUGGUUUCCAAGGUUUUCAACAGCGCCAUCGAGAUGCUGUCUCCGGAAGAUCGAGCGCUUCCACAGAUCCAGCACAUCUUGCCUCUUCUUCGGAGAGGUGUUGGUGUUCACCAUUCCGGUCUGCUGCCUAUUCUCAAAGAGACCAUCGAGAUUCUUUUCCAAGAAGGUCUCAUCAAAGUCCUGUUUGCCACUGAAACGUUCUCUAUCGGUCUCAACAUGCCUGCCAAGACUGUGGUCUUCACCAGCGUUCGGAAAUUUGAUGGAACCAGCCAACGUUGGGUCACGCCGUCCGAAUUCAUUCAGAUGUCUGGUCGUGCUGGACGUAGAGGUCUUGAUGAACGUGGUAUUGUCAUCAUGAUGGUUGGUGAAGAAAUGGACCCUGUAGUUGCCAAGACGAUCGUGCGCGGUGAACAAGAUCGCCUCAACUCCGCCUUCCAUCUGGGUUACAACAUGAUUCUCAACCUGAUGCGUGUGGAGGGUAUUUCACCGGAGUUCAUGCUCGAAAGAUGUUUCAAGCAGUUCCAAAACACUGGCAAUGUCUCGGGCUUGGAGAAGGAGCUCCAGGAACUGGAAGAGAAGAAAGCCAACAUGGUUAUCGAAGAUGAAGGAACCAUCCGUGAGUACUAUGAUCUGCGUAAGCAGUUGGAUGGAUUUGCCGAGGACGUCCAGUCUGUCAUCAGCCACCCCAACUAUGCUCUCCCUUUCAUCCAGAGCGGCCGACUGGUCCAAAUUAAGGAUAAGGACCAAGACUUUGGCUGGGGCGCUGUUGUCAAAUUUACCCAGCGCAAGGCCCCUAAGAACUCUACUGAGGAGAUUCCUCCUAGCAAGUCAUACAUUGUGGACGUCCUCAUGAAGAUCGCCGAGGGACCUUCCGUGGGUACGAAGUCUUUCCAAGACCUUCCUCCCGGUGUGCGACCGGCUCAGGAGGGUGAGAAGUUCCGAAUGGAAGUUGUUCCCGUUGCGAUCGGCUGUAUACAUGCCAUCGCGCAUCUGCGAAUCUACCUACCCAAGGAUCUAACUUCAAUUGACGCACGAAACGGCGUGAAGAAGGCCUUGGACGAAGUCGUCAAGCGGUUCCCCGAUGGCCUCGCCCUCCUUGACCCCAUUGAAAACAUGGGCAUUAAAGAUGAUUCCUUCAAGAAGCUCCUACGGAAAAUCGAGGUUCUGGAAUCCCGUCUGCUCAGCAACCCUUUGCACAGCUCGCCACGAUUGCCAGAGCUUUACGAACAAUAUUCCGCGAAGGUCAACCUUGGCACCCAGAUCAAGGAGACCAAGAAGAAGAUCACCGAUGCCAUGUCUAUUUUGCAGCUUGACGAGCUGAAAUGCCGCAAGCGUGUCCUUCGUCGCUUCGGAUUCAUCAACGAGGCGGAGGUUGUGCAGCUCAAGGCUCGAGUCGCCUGUGAGAUCAGCACGGGUGACGAACUUAUGCUCAGCGAGCUUCUAUUCAACGGUUUCUUCAACAACCUCACCCCCGAGCAGAUGGCCGCCGUCAUUAGUGUAUUCGUGUUUGAGGAGAAGGUCAAGGAGGCUCCCGCUCUGACCAAGGAUGAGCUCGCGAAGCCUCUCAAGGAGAUCCAAGCCCAGGCCCGCAUCAUCGCCAAGGUGUCGCAAGAGUCCAAGAUGGCUGUCAAUGAGGAUGAGUACGUCCAGAGCUUCCACUGGGAGUUGAUGGAGGUUAUCUACGAGUGGGCCAACGGCAAGGGCUUCGCAGAUAUCUGCAAAAUGACCGAUGUCUACGAGGGCAGCUUGAUCCGUGUGUUCCGCCGAUUAGAAGAGUGUCUUCGACAGAUGGCACAGGCUUCCAAGGUGAUGGGCAGCGAGGACCUGGAGAGCAAGUUCGAGGAGGCGCUCACCAAGGUGCGCCGUGACAUUGUGGCGGCUCAAUCUUUGUACCUGUAG